CAGUGGCGGCGGGCGCAGUCGGAAGCCCGGCGCGGACCGCGGGGUCGCCGGGGAGGCGGAGGUCCCUCUCACCCGCAGCGCGGACCCGGCUCUCGCCCGCCGCCGGGGCUCGGGCCGCCCGGGCAGGGAUGGCGGCGGCGGCCGAGCCCCGGGCCCGUGCCUGGCUCGGCGGUAGCUCGCCGCGCCCGGGCAGCCCGGCCUCCAGCCCCGAGCUAGGCGGCAGAGGCCGCGCGCGGCCGGGGCCGGGGCCGGGGCCGGGCCCGGGGUCUGGUCCGGAGCGGGCGGGCGCCAGGCCCCCAGGCCCCGCCGCGUCUGGCCACAGCUUCCGGAAGGUGACGCUCACCAAGCCCACCUUCUGCCACCUCUGCUCCGACUUCAUCUGGGGGUUGGCCGGCUUCCUGUGCGACGUCUGCAACUUCAUGUCCCACGAGAAGUGCCUGAAGCACGUGAAGACCCCCUGUGCGGGUGUGGCCCCCAGCCUGGUCCGGGUCCCCGUGGCCCACUGCUUUGGCCCGCGGGGUCUCUACAAGCGCAAGUUCUGCGCCGUGUGCCGCAAGACCCUGGAGGCCCCUGCACUCCGCUGUGAAGUGUGUGAGCUGCACGUUCACCCCGACUGUGUGCCCUUCGCCUGCAGCGACUGCCGCCAGUGCCACGGGGACGGGCACCGGGACCAUGACACGCACCACCACCACUGGCGGGAGGGGAACCUGCCCUCCGGUGCCCGCUGCGAGGUCUGCAGGAAGACGUGCGGCUCCUCCGACGUCCUGGCGGGCGUGCGCUGCGAGUGGUGCGGCAUGCAGGCCCACUCAGUCUGCUCAGCGGCGCUCGCCCCGGAGUGCACGUUUGGGCGCUUGCGCACCAUGGUCCUGCCCCCUGCGUGCGUGCGCCUGCUGUCCCGAAACUUCAGUAAAAUGCACUGUUUCCGCAUCUUUGAGAGCGCGGCCCCAGAGCCAGGUGAGGGGGACGAUGGUGUGGACGGAAGUAGCCCUGCUGGCCUGGGCAGAGAGGUGCUGGCCCCGGAGUCCAGCAAACAGACCCUGAAGAUCUUUGACGGCAACGAUGCUCUGCAGAGAAACCACUUUCGAGUCAUCACUGUCCCCCGCCUGGCCAGGAGCGAGGAGGUGCUGGAGGCGGCUCUCCGGGCUUACUACGUCAUGGAGGACCCUCGAGACUUUGAGCUGCAGGCACUCCCCCUACCUGUCCACGCUGCGGACCCUGGGGCACGGGGCAAGACCCGGGCCGGUGGGAGUGCAGAGGGGGAGGACAGCAGAGGCCCUGGAUCCCGAGAGGCUGCACCCGAGGCCUGGAUCAUCCGCGCUCUGCCCCACACCCAGGAAGUCCUGAGGAUCUACCCUGCCUGGCUCAAGGUGGGUGUGGCCUACGUGUCCAUCCGUGUGACCCCGCAGAGCACUGCCCGGACUGUGGUGCUGGAGGUUCUCCCACUGCUCGGACGUCAGGCCGAGGGUCCUGAGAGCUUCCAGCUGGUGGAGGUGCUCAUGGGUAGCAGGCAAGUCCAGCGGACGGUGCUGGAGGACGAAGAGCCCUUGCUCGCCCGGCUUCGUGACAUCCGGCAGACGUCCCUGCGGCAGAUGACCCAGGUGCGGUUCUACGUGGCUGAGAGCAGAGUUGUGGUCCCGCACGUCUCCCUGUAUGUUGCUGGCCUGCCUCCCGGCCUGUCUGCCCAGGAGUAUGGCAGCCUGCUGGAGGAGGCUGCAGCCACCAAAGCUGGCCUGGUGUCCGUGAGCCACGUCUACUCCUCCCAAGGUGCAGUGGUGCUGGACGUGGCCUCCUUCACAGAGGCUGAGCGACUGUACAUGCUGGUCAGGGACACAGCUGUGCACGGCCGGCCGCUGACCGCCCUGGUGCUGCCAGAUGUGUUGCACACGAAGCUGCCCCCAGACUCCUCCCCCCUCCUCGUGUUUGUGAACCCCAAGAGUGGAGGCCUCAAGGGCCGUGACCUGCUCUGUAGUUUUCGGAAGCUGCUGAACCCUCACCAGGUCUUUGAACUGACCAACGGGGGGCCUCUUCCCGGGUUCCACGUGUUCUCUCAGGUGCCCUGCUUCCGGGUGCUGGUGUGCGGGGGGGACGGCACCGUGGGCUGGGUGCUUGCCGCCCUGGAGGAGAUGCGGCACCGUCUGGCCUGCCCGGAGCCUUCCGUGGCCAUCUUGCCGCUGGGCACAGGGAAUGACCUUGGCCGGGUCCUCCGCUGGGGGGCGGGCUACAGUGGCGAGGACCCGUUCUCCGUGCUGGUGUCCGUGGAUGAGGCUGACGCUGUGCUCAUGGACCGCUGGACCAUUCUGCUGGAUGCUCACGACACUGGCGGUGCAGAGAACAGCGUGGCAGACGUGGAGCCCCCCAAGAUUGUGCAGAUGAGUAACUACUGUGGGAUUGGCAUCGACGCAGAGCUAAGCCUGGACUUCCACCAGGCACGGGAGGAGGAGCCUGGCAAGUUCACGAGCAGGUUCCACAACAAGGGUGUGUAUGUGCGAGUCGGGCUGCAGAAGAUCAGCCACUCCCGCGGCUUGCACAAAGAGAUCCGGCUGCAGGUGGAGCAGCAGGAAGUAGAGCUGCCAAGUAUCGAGGGUCUCAUCUUCAUCAACAUCCCCAGCUGGGGCUCGGGGGCCGAUCUGUGGGGCUCCGACAGUGACUCAAGGUUCGAGAAGCCACGCAUGGAUGACGGGCUGCUAGAGGUGGUGGGGGUGACCGGCGUCAUGCACAUGGGCCAAGUCCAGGGUGGGCUGCGCUCUGGCAUUCGCAUCGCCCAGGGCUCCUACUUCCGCGUCACUCUCCUCAAGGCCACACCUGUGCAGGUGGAUGGAGAGCCCUGGAUCCAGGCUCCUGGGCACAUGAUCAUCUCGGCUGCGGGCCCCAAGCCAGUACUUCAAGGUCAGCUGAUGUGGGGACACGACUACGCAUGGCACAAUCAGGGAGACAGCGGGACACGUCAGACGCGUCACAGAUCUCUCCCUGAGCAAGUUCCCGUGUUUCAAGAGACCGCAACGCGAGCAUCAUUCAACACACACCCUGAGGGAGGUGCUGCCCAGCUGUGACGCAGGUACACAGGACACACUGGACACCAGCCCAUGCAGCCCAGGCCCUGGCAGUGGGCACAGACUACCUUGUCCUCCGCUCGGCUCACCCAGGCCACCCACACCACACACCCCAGCCGUCCCUCCGAUCCUCCAUGCAGUGACCCUCGUCAUUGCUCAAGCCCUGACUUUGUCCAACCAGUACGUGCUGUUGACCACCCGGAACGCACAGCCAGGAGAGACGGUCCCACUCAAAACCAGGACGUGUACACAUCCUCGGACCAUAUGCCCCUUACUGCUGACUCCUGUCCAAUGCAUCCCCCUGCUGGCCCUGCCCUGUCCACUGGGAGCGACCCUGCUAGAGGCCACAGCCAAGGAUGCCCUGCCCGACCCCAAGCGCCCCUGCAGCAUCCUUCCCACCAGCACCCCUGCACCUCAAACAUGCUCAAGACUGAGGAGACCAAGCAGUGUCCUGAGGCCUGCCCCUCACCUGACACGCCAGUGUGCACCUUCCCCCGCUCUACCUGCCCGGCCCUGACCUCUGGACGCCUUGGCCGCUCAGCCCCCACCAGGCAGCUCCGUCCUGGAGGGAACGAUGCUCAGCAGUGGCCCUUGCUAGCCUAUCUGUUUCAAACUUGGCAUCUCCUGAAAUGUUUACUAGACAUUUAAAACAACAUCAACCAUUUUUUCACAGUUACGAUGCUUUGGGCCUGAAACUUCACUGCGCUUCACGAGAGCUCAGGUCCAGGCAGGAGCCACGCAUAAAGCUUCCACAAUCGACUCUGAGACAGUUGCUUGUUUGUAUUUCUCUGCAUUCCUGGACAAUGGAAGCGUUCUAGAACAACGUGCCUAUUAAAUUAGCUAAGGGCUAAGAGGGCACUAGCCGACCUUGAUUUCUGUGAUCUGGCUGGCGCAGCUCCAAGUUCCAGCAUCCCUGCACGGGUGGUGGUGUGCACGGAGCUGUCCGUGCAAAGCAUCCUGACCUCUGACCCCAGCUGGGUCCCCCUCCACUUCUCAGUGGGAUCUUCUUUCUGCGCUCUCUCUGGGCCGCUCGUACCCUCUGCGUGGGUCUUUAGGACACUUCCCCACCUGCUCACACGGUUUAUCACUGUGCGUCCUAAGGCGCCUCUUGCCUGUCGUCGUGGCAAUGCCCCUGGAACCCCCACCCAGAAGCCAUCCAGUGCCGGCUGCCCCGGUGGCCUCAUGUAGACCCCUUACUCGCCCAGGGAACAAGCACAGCCCAGACUCCGGGCAUCUGAGUCUCUCCCGUCUUGUCUUAAAGCUUCGCCCGCUUGGGGAAAACGUGGGUGGUCAUGGCCCGCUGGCUGCCCCCAUUGGACCCUGUGUCUCUUCAUGCGGGCCUGGCUGGCUGGGGUGCCCGUUCACCUGCACAACAGGUCCCGCUGGUGGUGGGGAGGCUCUCCCUCCGGCUGCGCUCCCUGGCACUCUGGGCACCAGGCCACGUGCUGGUGGUCCCCCGAGACCUCUGCACAGCUCUCUCCCCCCAGCCCCACCCUCCCGGGGGCAUCAGUGAGACAGUCCCCCCUCCCCGCCUCCCUGCUCCCCCCGACUCACCA